AUGAAUCUAUACAACUGUAAACACAGAAGAAAAAAAGAAUUGAUUGGUGACAUAAUUGUUGUCCUUCUUUUUAUUAUAGCUCUGGUGGUAUCAUAUUUCCACAUUCGUGAUCAGCGUCUCAGGAAUUUAUCUGUCUCAGCCGCCAGUGUUGUCCAGGCCAGCAAGCUUCCUUUCAGCUACAUUGCUUGGGGAGUAUAUGCCAUCAUUUUUGUUGGCAAAGUUCUCAUUUGUUUCACUUUCUUUGCUUACAAACUACAUGAGAAGGACUUCUGGGGUCCAAACAUUCUUAAAAUGAUGCUGGCUCUGUCAGCUCCCAUAUUCCUCUUAUUCUUAUUGUCUCAUUACAGUACUUCAAAAGAAAGUGAACGCAAGAAAUUCAUAGAUAACCUUACCUCAAGUGUAACCUUUGAUAUUUUUGAUACAGUUGAUAUCUUGGAUAUUCUUUUUACUGAACAAUCAAGAAUUAUUUUAUCUUUUUCAAUGGAGAAGGCUAUUUUAGCUACAGGUCUUGUCAAUCUGUUUCUGCCUCUUGUACCACUCAUGGUGCUAAGCCGGACACAGUUUGGGCACCAGCGGCUACGAGAUCACAUUGUUGAUGUUUAUAAGAUCUUGUUGAUGCUAGUUGUCAACAUUCCAUACAUUGUGAUUCGUCUUCUUCUUUGGAACGUCUACAAUCGAAACAUCUCCAUUUUUUUAAUGAAAAACCUUAUGGCCAUUUUUGUUACUAUUUAUGAUAUCUAUCAGAGGAAGCAGGAAGUCAUACUGGAUAAGGUUGAUGCUGCUGCUCGUAAUGAAGAAAUUGCUAUGACUUAA